GGUAAACCUCAGCAGGGCUAUCCCAUGCCCAUUGGACAUUUCUGGAAGGGACUGCCUCCCUCAAUCAACGCAGCCUACGAACGCUCUGAUGGAAAGUUUGUUUUCUUCAAAGGUGAUAAGUACUGGGUGUUCAAUGAGGCCAAAAUGGAGGAAGGUUAUCCAAAAACUUUCAAGGAGCUUGGCAUAGGCCUACCAAGAGACAAGCUGGAUGCCGCUGUUUUCUACACACCCACCGGCAACACCUACUUCUUUAGAGGAACCAA